AUCCAAAUCGGGAAUAAUUUGAAUUUGGGAGUGGCAAGGUUAGAUUCUGUAAAAAAUAUAGUAAGUAUAUAAGUUCCAAUAAUCAUCAUUCUCUGUAUCAGUUGAUUCGAUCAGCCGAAAUCUAAACAACACAUAAUGAACUCCAUUGCUGCCGUUAUCUUCUUUGCCGCCUUGGCUGUUGCUAGCGCUGGUUGGGUAUCUCCUCUAGCCCUUUCUGCUAUCCCAACCGGUCACGUGAUCCAAGGACCAAGCUCAAGAAGCACGAUUGUAGGACCUGAUGGUAGCUCAAUCUCUUCAGCAGCUCCCGGUGGAACCAUCAUCGCUGACCAAAACGGUGGUGCUUUUGUUGCCCAAGGUGCUCCAGCUGCUGUUAUCUCUCCUGCUGCAAGAUUAGCUCUUGUUUCUUCUCCUCUUGUUGCUGCACCAGCUAUCACAUCUUACGCUGCUGUCAGUCCAGUCUGGGCUCAUCAAACUCUUGGUGUUCCUGCUCUUGGAAGAAUCGCUGCUGAAAACACAGUAGUAGCUGGACCCUCUGGUACCAUUGCUCAAAGUAGAGCUAUUGAUGCCGCUCAAACUGUAGCUCUCUGGUGAUUUAUUGUAAAAAUAGGUUAAAUAAAAUUGUUGUAUAGUU